AUGGCGAUCAUGAACGAAGCAGAAGAGCAGGAACGAAAGAUUGUAAAUGAAUUUUGUCAUUUGUUAGAAAAAUCUAAGCAACUUUUCAAUGGUUUGAGAGAUCUUCCACAAUAUGGCCAUAAACAAUGGCAGGCAUACUUUGGACGCACAUUUGAUGUCUAUACUAAACUUUGGAAAUUUCAGCAACAACACAGACAAGUAUUGGACACUAAAUAUGCUCUCAAACGUUGGCAAAUUGGGGAAAUCGCCUCAAAGAUUGGACAGUUAUACUAUCAUUACUAUCUUAGAACAAGUGAAACUAAUUACUUGAAUGAGACUUUUUCGUUUUAUGCUGCUAUUAGAGCUCGUGGUUACUACAGUAAAGCAAGUAAGGAAGAGAGAUCUGACUUAAUGGUUAAAAAGCUGAGAUAUUAUGCAAGAUUUAUUGUUGUUUGUCUUUUGUUGAAAAAAAUGAAGCUGGUGCGAGAUUUAGUUAGAGAAUUGGCUAAACAGAUUGAUGAUUAUACUGCAACAUAUGAGCCUGAGGAUCAGCUGGAGUGGUCUCUAGUCCUUGGAGAAAUUAAAUCAUUCAUUGAAGCUGACAAUCUGGUAAACAUUGUUGAUGUUGAUUCUACGUCCAUUGUACUUUCCCAUCGGCUUAACCCCCUGAACAGUCCACCUGUGGAAAAACUUCCCUCCAAUCACUUAACUCUGCAGGAAAUAUUAAUUAUGGGAAAUUGCUGUGAUCAAGUAAAAUUUAGUGAACUCACGUUAGACAUGUUCCGAAUGCUUCAAACAUUAGAAAGAGAGCCUCAAGAAGAAGCAACACAGCUUUUUGAUGCAUCUCCAGCACCAGGACGAAUACCUUUUCCAGACAAUGGGGAUCAAAGACCAGCAAAACGUGAAAAUCCUCAUAAGUACCUUUUGUACAAGCCUAACAUUAGUCAACUGAUUGUAUUUUUGAGCUCUGGGUUCAAAGAGUUGCCUCCUAAUGGUGUUUUGCUUUUGUAUAUGUCUGCAGAUGGAUGUUUCACUAAUGUCAAACAUCCAGACGAUGGUUAUGACUAUGGUGGUAUAGCAACCAAUAGCAAACGAGAACCAGAUCACAUAAAUAAAAGAAAUGUUCAGCUAAAAGACAUACAUUGUUUGUAUCCUGGAGAUUUAUAUCCUUUGACAAGGAAGCCUCUUUUUGUUAUUGUGGACAGUGAUAAUAGUCAUGCAUUUCAGUACAUACCUCGCUAUUUUGGACAACCAGUUUUGGUUUUGAUGUCCCCAGAAGAUAUUCCUCCAUGCUUUCAUGAUCAACAGCAUAAAGGCAAUCUCUUCACUUUGUUCCUGCACAGUCCAUUAACUGCAGUGUGUUUCAUAUGCAAUAUAACUGAUAUCCCCUUCAGUUUGUGGGAAAAAAGUCAGAGCCAUAUUGAUCGUUUUAUGUCAGAAGCUAGUCGAUUAUUAAUUAAGUGUCGCAAUAUUGAUCCUGCCUUUCUUCAGUUUUAUGGUGAUGAUUUCCUGAGGUUGCUGAUUCUGAGAUUUAUAUUUUGUCGAGUUGUUUUAAAACUUCAUAGAAUGUUUAUGAAUAAUAACUUUUCACCUCGAUCACAUCCUCCAUUAUCAGAAACUGAAAUUUUAGAGCAACCAAGUUUAAAGAAAGCAAUUCUUGAACUAGUGAGCGUUCUAGAUGUGCGGAAUAUGUUCAGUGAAGUUGAGGAAACUGACUGA